CAUGAUCUAUGGUUGUUAUUUUCUGUUUUCCGCAGUGACUCUGGUUAGAUUUCUCGGCAGUAAUAUCUAGUGAGAUGUUUAUCUUCUAUUUUUCAUUGUGACCGAAUCAGCAAUAUCUCCCUAGACUUUGUUCGGCCUUGGUUUUCCGCACCUGAUCAACGCACACAAACUCCACCUCGAAGAAAAGAAAAACAAUGAUAUCAAAAACCAUGCCGCAAAUAUUUUUCCCCUGCCUGCUCUUUCGGAGCGCCUUCUGGCUCCAUUUUUUCGCCAAGAGCACGCCAGCAGCAUCCGCGGUCCCCAGUCGCCGGGACAGCACUGCAAGUCCUUUUUUACUACAACAUCGUGACGACAGUGCUGACCAACACCCCGCAGGCGCAAUCGGUCAGGCACUGAUCCACGGCGGUGCUGGCUCCCUGAUCCCGGAUGAACUCACAGCGUGGGACUUGGACACAGCCGAUCGGUUUGAUCAAGACCACGCUCUACAGCCCGAACAGCUUGGUUCCUACGAAAUGUGUCCGAUCUGCCAGCAAGAAGCCAAGCCGGAUUGGAGCAUGUUUCGCACAGGAGAUCGUGUAGUGGCAGCUCCGGCGCAGCAGAGAAUGAUGGGAACAACCACCUUGCCGACCGCCAAGAAAGUAAAUAUGGUUCGCUUGGAGAUCAAGGACAGCCAGAAACGAACCCAAACGAGUGUGAACAUUCACGUUUUUCCCUGGAUUUCUUUGGACGGAGCGAUUUGCGAUACAGAUGUGGAACAAGGAGUGAGAGACAUCGACAUAACAAAGCCGUCAGUUGUCAGGUUUCCCAACUGCACACACGUGAUUCACGAGGGCUGCUUGCAGGAUAUGGUACUCAGAGGGGAAAAAAAGAGCCAAGGUAUGAUUUCUAGUGCGUUGAGGAGGAAAGGAAGCACGUCCAAAAGUAGAUACUCCGUGUCCCAAGGGCUGUUGAGGAAUGCGGUCAGGAAGGAAAAACGUCGUCCGCGAGGACGAGAGCAUCAAAGUCGGUCGGUAUCAACCGGGUUUUCAUCUCUCGAGGAAAGCAGUGACGAUGUAAGGAGAACAGCCUGCCUCAACCCGAGAAAUUCAUCAUCUCCGAAGGCGCGAGCCGGCAGUAGCAGUUCUUCUUUCUCUAUAUUCACAGGGCUGAGGUCGUCGUUGCAAAUAAACCUAAACGUAGUUUCUUCCCGCCGAACGGCUGGAGGCACCGCCGCUAGAAGCCAACAAGAAGGUGCAGCACAGUCGUCUUUCUCAUCAUCGUCUUCCGGGGACCAGCAACUGCAUCCAGCCGUCGAAGGCGAUGAAGAAAAUCAGCGCAUAAAGAAAGAAAAGGCCGCAGUAGAGGAAGCAAAGCUCCUGAAAGCGAUCGAUACGGCGGUUUUCGGCUUGCCUUUUUCUGUUGCUUGGAACAAGGUGUACAAGGUUCCACGUCCAGCACCUGGUCGAAACUCCCCUCCAAAAACCACGGGCGCGAACUGCCCCACGUGCAACGAACCCGGGUUUGGGGUGUGGAACUACGAGAUUGAGUUGGAUUUGCAGGCGUUUCUGAAGAUCGUGUUGGAGAAGAAUGAAGAAUUCAUGAAAAGACCAGUGGCAGCGGAUCGAGAUCGUUCUGGUGCGGGCCCUAGUUCUUUGUUUGCAGAGUCGAGAACACGACGACCCGGUCGACGUACGGGAGGUGGGGAGGAAAGAAGGAAACCAACCGGGGGCGAACUCGAGGAGGAUCUUUUCGACCUGAAUAUCAAGGAUUUGAAUCUCGAAGAGCGAAAAAACGCAACGCAGGAGCAAGAAGAUUUCGCGAAUCACCACGAGGACCACAUUUCCUGCAGGGAUUGUUUGACACAGGAAGUACACCGGCACUUGCAGACCUGCGGCUGCGACUGGUUAUUCACACGGGAGGACCCCUCCCCCGGCAGUUGUGUCGCUCUUGGCUGGAUUUUCCCUGCGUUACUGUGUGUCCUCGGUGGAGUGCAGUUGAAUUUUAUGCACACCCAAUGUACGCACUUUGUGCACGCACAUUACCCGGUGUUAGCAGCGGGUGCGCCGUUGCCCUCGGACCUCACAACGUCGUAUGUGUGCGAUGCGUAUCGACAGGGGCUGCUGACCAGUAUGUUUUCCUGUAGCGGCGCGGAGCAGACCUGUCAUCAUGGGUACGGCGCGUGCUGUCCAGGAUGUGUUACGAAUUUGUUUCCGCGAAGCCAAUAUUCCUGUUGGGCGAUCCCACCAUCAAUCAACGCCUGCUGGCACCACAGCACGAUGAUUUGCUACUGUGGCUGCCACAUCACCAGGCACUUUGACAAUUGGUCCGACGGGUGCAGGUUUCUGGCGCGAAAGGCGAAGACUGCGGCGAGCAUGGUGAACCACUCGUGUUGCUGGAAGAAAGGUUGUUCCAGCAGAGGGCGAGCAGAUCGUCGUCUCUCUGACUCCAUGCGCGCAAAAUUUAACGAGUUGCUCACAGAGUUGGAUUUAAGUGCCUACCACGUCCCAGAGCUGGAACUUUCGGAAUCUUCAGAUCACGAUUCUGAGCAAGAUUUUCCUACUGUGUUGCGGAGUCGUGACAGAGCUGACCAAUCCCAAGCUGACCACGCAGGACGGACCACGAGUUCUGCUUCGCGUCGACAGGCCCGCCCUGCUUCUCAUGCGAGAACAGGGGGAGUUGGGAGUAGGAGCCGAGAGCUGGGCCGCGGUGCGGUGUAUCACGAAGUUGCCACUUCUAGUAGCCGUGGCUCUUCAGCAUCCUCGUCGGGUGGGAGCAAUCGCAGUCGGCAAGAGCCGGCCACAGCAGGUCGUCGACAACGGCUGCAACAACCCCCAGAAAUGAUACAGAUGCGGGGGCCCGCAGAGGUCUGAUAGAUGGAGCGUGCUGCUGGUGUCUUCGUUGCGCACCAGCGCGCCAAGAGGAGCAGGAAAUUUUCAAUGAAUAAAAUCAAGAAAUGACAAGUCUUAGGUUAGAAUUAGAAAUACCGAAAUUAUCGUCCUAUAAGCAGAGAAGUAUAUUCCAAAAUAUUGCACCUGAGUUUCUGAACUGUAGAAGAGCACUUCUAAAUCUAGAUGAAUAGAUACAUUUAUACGCUAGUACAGCAGAUCAUAGAAGAACGCUGCGGCAUGAGAGUGUGUAACAACUGAUCCGGAGAAAAUGCGUAGCCCUUACCUUCUCCUGCUCUUGAAAAGUUGUGAUUUGAUGAUGUAGAGGCUAAUUUGAUCAUGUAGAGGCUACACAACACAGUAGGGCAAUGUCCUUUCGGCGCGGUAAAAAAAAGGAAAAUGGAUACACUUUGUACACGACAUGAGUUGAUGAACCUACUGCAUCUACACCCAACAAGAAUAUCUAAUUUCUUCGGCAAAAUAUUAAAGUCCGACUCAAGAUGUGGCUCUUUGGGAAGAAGUAGCACGAUAUCGAUAGCAAACAGCAGCAAUAACUACAUAUCCACUUAAGCGGCGAGGAUGAGACGCAUUUUGUACGAUUACCAACCACAUUCGUGAAACCCGUGCCGGUGCCGUCAACAUGCUGGCUACCCCGAU